CAAUAAACAAACUUAUUACUUUUUCAUAAUCAUCUCAAGUUUGUGGUAAACAAAAGAAAUUUGUAAACACAUCUAUAUUCUCUCAAAAUUUCUAGUUUUAAGUAAAUCUUUGUUAGCCGCCCUGCCAUGCAAUGCUUCAAAAACGCACGACGCAAAAUAUUCAACGCCACUAUACUUAAGCAAGAAAAUCCCCAUGGCAAUGUAACAGAUGUAACAUCGAAAUCCAUCAACGAUGUUCAAACUGUUAUUAUUGGAGCAGGUUUGGCAGGAUUAUCGGCGGCUCAUCAUCUAAUGAAGCAUGGAUUUAAGCGCACCAUCAUACUCGAGGCUAGCGAUCGUUAUGGGGGACGCAUUAAUUCAAAACACUUUGGAGAUGCUUUCUGUGAAUUGGGUGCCAAAUGGAUAACUAUUGAUGCAUCGCACAACUCUGUUUAUGAGCUGUUGCAACAGACCUCAGGCCUAUCAAAGAAAAUCCAAACAAAAACCGAAACGGUGUAUAUCGAUACGAAGGGCGGUGAGAUCAACAAACACAUUCCCGAAGUAGUAGAUAUUUUCUUCAAGAAACUUUGUGCCGGUGUGGAGCUGAAAGAUCGUUAUGCCAAAGGCAAUCUACAUGAGCUGAACAAUGUAUACACCUAUUUUCAAGCAGAAAGUUCAAAAAUCAUCAAUGCCAUGUUCAAAGAGAAAGACCGGCUGCUGGUCGAUGAUGUUUUCAAUGCCUUGAUGAAAGAUUUUGGAGGUAAAUUGGGUUGCAAUCUGGAAUAUUUAAACAUCGAGCAAUUGAUAAAAUUUAAAAAUCAAUUUGCCUAUCCCAUUUAUAUACCCACGGGCAUGAACAGCAUCUUGCAUGACAUUAUAAUGAGCAUUGAUAGGGAAAAUCUGUUGAUUGGCAGACCUGUGGGGGAGAUCAAGUGGUUUGGCCCUAAUAGGGAUAACAAGAAAUCGGUGAACUGCUUGGACGGGUCAGUAAUAAAUGCUGAUCAUAUUAUAUGUACCUUACCAUUGGGUGUGCUUAAGACCUUUGCUGGACAUAUGUUUAAGCCAACCCUGCCUGUGGAAAAAAUAAAAGCCAUUAACAAUUUGGGCUUUGGCAGUCCAGUGAAGAUUUAUUUCGAAUAUAAGAAGCCAUUGCGUCCAUGGUUUUUGGCCAAUGUAAGGCCCUUGUGGUCAGCCGAGGAGAGGCUGCAGGAUCGCCACUGGACCAAGCAGGUUGUAGAGAUCUCAAGGCUGCCUAGUAGCACUCGCGUUUUGGAGAUAACUAUUGGCGGAGCCUAUUACGAUGAAAUUGAAAAGUUGCCCGAUCCUGAGGUUAUCGAUGAAAUCACAAAAUUACUCAGGGCUGUGCUGAAAAAUCCAAAAAUUCCCUUUCCCUCGGAAGUGUUAAGAUCCGACUGGAGUAGCAGUGCCUGCUAUCUGGGCGGACGUCCCUACUUCUCAACGAGCAGCAGUGCUCAAGACAUACAAACGUUGUCAUUGCCAUUGGGUGUAGAUCCUAGCCUUCUCUUCGCUGGUGAUGCCACAACUUUGAAUGGCUUCGGUACAGUAGAUGGGGCUCGUAUGAGUGGCAUUAGAGAGGCUCAACGUAUUAUAGAUUAUUAUAAGAAAUAACCACAUUACCUAAAAAUUUUUUUUCAUUGUGAUUCGUAUAACUUGUGUUAUAAUUAGUCAAGCACUUACAAAUUUUAUUUAAAAUAU